GAAACUGACGAGCUCCUUACUAUACAAGCAACGCCCCGCGCGGGGACACUAGAGCGCGAUGGCGUCGUAGAGCGGCAGGUCGCCCCUGUCGGCGAACGUGUCGAGGUACGCGCGGACCUUCGGCGGGAACACGAGGCCUUUGACGAUGGUGAGCGACCGCAGGCGCGACCAGAGGUCGAUGUCGUCCAGCGACACGCCGCCCUCGGUCGCGCAGUCGGGGCAGUGGAUGAGGGGUUCGAGGUCCUGCAGCUUCUGGUUCACCUCGGCGAUCAGCUCGGCGUCCCGCGACUGGUCGUUGUACAUGGCCCAGCGCUCAUCCAUAGUGAACUCGUCCGAGCGCCAGUUGGCCUUCUCUCGUAGGGGGGCAGCUGGUGGUUCUUCACGAAGGUGUCGCGCGAGCUCCCGGUGAC